AUGGCACCUUCUGGAUUCUACAGCAAGUUUUUCCUCCUUCUCUGUAUGUUCAGUCCACUCACCUUCGGUGCCGUGAAUGCUGGUUCAGAUGGACAUGGUAAGAAACACAAAGUUUCACUAGACUGGACAAACCAUGGUGGAGAUUUGUACAAUAGAAGAUAUGCCAACAAGGAGACCAAGAUCAGCCCUGCAACUGUCUCCAAUCUACGUUUGAAGUGGGAAUUUUAUGCUGGAGGUGAUAUAACUGCAACACCGGCUGUUUUUAAUGGCACCCUUUACUUCCCAAGCUGGAAUGGAUACAUAUAUGCAGUUAAAGCGUCAGAUGGGUCCCUUGUUUGGAAGAAAAACUUGCAGAAAUUAACUGGUUUUAACAACACUGGUUUCCUUCUCAAUGUCAACUCAACUGUUUCCAGAUCAGCACCGACUGUUGCCGGUAACCUCAUCAUUUUCGGGAUCUAUGGCCCUGCUGUUGUCAUUGCUGUCAAGCGAUCAACAGGGCAGCUUGUGUGGUCAACCCGGUUAGAUAAUCACAACAGAAGUUUGAUUACCAUGUCUGGAACCUACUACAAGGGGGGUUUCUUUGUUGGGACAUCCUCACUAGAAGAAGGUGUCAGCGUGGAGCUAUGCUGCACAUUUCGUGGCAGCCUCUCCAAACUAGACGUCCGAACCGGUGCAAUCUUGUGGCAGACUUCCAUGCUGCCCAACAACUUCGGUAAAACCGGGGAGUAUGCCGGAGCAGCUAUUUGGGGAAGCAGCCCUUCAAUUGACGUUCUCAGAAACCUGGUCUAUAUUGCCACCGGAAACCUAUACGCUGCUCCUGCUAAUGUACGUGAGUGCCAGGAGAGGGAGAAUAACCAGACAGUACCUACGUCUCCGGACAAGUGUAUUGAGCCUGAUAACCAUUCAAAUUCAAUACUAGCCCUUGAUUUGGACUCCGGAAAGAUCAAAUGGUAUAAGCAACUAGGAGGUUAUGAUGUAUGGUUUGGUGCAUGCAACUGGCAUUUAGAUCCUCGAUGCCCACCUGGUCCAAGUCCAGAUGCCGAUUUCGCUGAAGCACCAAUGAUGUUAAGUAUAUAUGUCAAUAGAACCAAGCAUGAUGUUGUUGUGGCUGUCCAAAAAAGUGGGUUUGCAUGGGCUUUAGAGCGUGAUAAUGGAAGCCUAGUAUGGUCUAAGGAAGCUGGACCAGGAGGCCUGGGAGGAGGAGGUAUGUGGGGUGCAGCAACUGAUGAAAGGAGGAUCUACACUAACAUUGCCAACAGUCAGCACAAAAACUUCACCCUUAAACCAUCCGAGAACACCACAAUUUCUGGUGGAUGGGUGGCAAUGGAAGCUCGCAAUGGCAAUAUCCUGUGGUCGACAGCCAAUCCAAAUAAUGCUACAGCCCCUGGCCCUGUUACGGUGGCUAACGGUGUACUUUUUGCUGGAUCCACAUAUCGACAAGGACCCAUAUAUGCAAUGGAUGCAAAGACGGGGAAGAUUCUUUGGUCAAAUGACACUGGAGCCACCGUUUAUGGUGGCAUAUCGGUGAGCAAUGGAUGCAUUUACCUCGGCAAUGGUUACAAGGUAACUCUGGGAUAUGUUAACAAGAAUUAUACGGCUGGAACCUCACUCUAUUCCUACUGUCUAUAAUAAUUUUUGCUUUCUGCCGGAAUCUGCCCCACAAUCUGGGGAGAAUGUCAUUUAUCAGUUAAUGCCU